CCCACAUUGGUUUGGAAAACUGUUAUUGCUCAGUACUCGCAAUGUCUAUAAUGGCUUUGUAGAAUACUCUAUCAACCUGUUAUUGUUACAGGGUGUUCCAGGUCCUUUUGGAUGGGCUGGGGCUGAUGGACCACAAGGGUAGAAGGAAUGAUAUAGGGAUGAUGUAACCACGUCGUUAUCAUGGUGAUGAUAUCAUGCUGGAGCUGGACAGUAACAUGACGUUUCCAAUUUGUCUAGGGGGACAAAAGGCCCUUAUGGUGUGGUAGGGGAUUCUGGAAACGCAGGCCUUAACGGCGUGUCAGGAAGAAGAGGAUUGAAGGGUGACAUGGGAAAAUCUGGACCAAAGGAGAACAGCUGUUACAUGAUGCUCAGUAGUAAGUCUGUCAGUAUAUCUGUCUGAAUGGCUAUGCUGUGUCCAGGGGCCAGAGGGUCUGCUGGGCAACAGAGGGCCCCAAGCGUCCCCUGGAUUGGAGGGUGUGUCUGGUGAGGCUGGGCUUCAGGGAGCAGUUGGCCUACCAGGACCUCUGGGACCAAAAGGUCGACCAGGCCCUGAGGGGAGACAAGGCCAGAAAGGUCAAAAGGGCAAUGAUGGUCGAAGUGGGAAUCCAGGAAAGACGGGACACAUCGGGAGGAGGGUCAGAAUGAAGCCAUCCCUUUUUCACAUAUUACAAUUUCUCAUUUCAAUGUAUAUGGGUCUUGAUUCUUGAUUCUAAAAUCUGUUUAUGUUACCAUGUAAGGGGAAAAUAGGGAAAUCUGGAAGCAGAGGCUGAAGAGGAGGGAGAGGAGAAAAGGUCAUCACUAUUGACUGAGAGAAAUUCGGGCCUGAUUAUGCACUAGCCAUACCAUACAGUAUCAUGUUUCUUUAACCUUUAAAACACUGCUAAUGGUUUGCAGCGGUGAGAUUUUGUGUAAAGGUCAACAGGGUAUAACAUUUUUCUAUAGAUUUAACCUUUUGUUUGAAUUACAGGGAAAGAGGGGAGAUUUUAGUUCAACCAGACCUCCAGGAAGACAAGGGCCUUACGGGACACUUGGCAUACAAGGAGAGAAGGGUGAAAUGGGUGAACCAGGAGUCGAGGGAGAGAAGGCAGAGAUGGGACGGACAGGCCCUCCUGCAGUUCAGGGGCUGAAGGGGACACAAGGCCCUUUGGGAGAGCCAGGGAGCGAUGGCAUUAAAGGAGAACAGAUGAGAUGUACUAUCUAGUAUCUGUCUGUCUAUUUGGUCUUACUCUGAAAGCUUGACUCAGUGUUUUCUGUUAAGUACGCAACAUUAUUCGUGGCAUUGCUAUUGAGUUGUAUUGACUGUGAUUUGUCUUCUGUCUUUGUAGGGAGACAUUGGUCCUCAUGGGGUGUGGGGGACCCCAGGUCUAACUGGACUUCCUGUGACUUUCAGUGAUAUGCUAUUGCUAUUUCCUUUACUUUUCUGAAAAUAAAGUAGGAUUUUUAUUACAGAGAAUAAUUCAAUUCUAACGUGAUUCCUUUUCUCUGUCUAUAGGGUUUGUUUGGAGAAAUGGUAUAUUACUCUAAAUACAAAUGCCCGCAUGUGUUCCGUUUUUUUAAUGCAUACCUUGAUGUGUUCUGUACAUUUAUUAUGUGGAGAUUGGUGGAUUGACUGAGGGCACUGACUAAAUGGACUAUUCACCUGAAUAUCAGGGUCUAAAAGGAUUUGCCGGAAAAUCAGGUCCUGUUGGAGUGAGAGGCCUGCCUGGUCUCCCUGGACCUCCUGGCCCCCCUGGAACCUCUCUGAACCUUACUCUGAACCUUAUCUUACUCUGGCACAGAUCAAGGCAAGUUGUUGGUAAUCUGUCAAAGCAAAUCCCCCCCCCCCCCCCCUGACCAGGACCCCAACUACCUCCUGAUCCAGACUCUGCUGGAGCCUUUGCACCAGGACCUGUGCUUGUUCAUAGAUCCACCAGAUGGCACUAAAGAACACCCGGCUACCACCUGCUUGGCGCUGUGGCUGUCCCAGCCGAACUUCACUAACGGGAUGUGUUACAUUGAUCCUAACCAGGGCAGCCCAGCUGAUGCCAUUCUGGUCUACUGUGACUUCACUGCAGCACCAAAGAGCUGUCUGUCUCCCCUCCAGCCUCAGUCCUCUGAGGAGCUGGAUUCCGGAGACCGUCGUGAGUCAGGGUUCCAGUUUGAGAGCGAGGACCUCGAUUUGCUUCCACUGAGAGAUCUGGCAGUGUCAGGAAGCGGUGACCUCACACAAGAGUUUGGAUUCACUGUCGGGUCUGUGUGCUUCAGCUAAAGGAAAGAGAGACACUCUCUCUAAGGACUGAUAAGAGCAGAGACAACAAUGAGACAAUCACCAGACAACCUCCAGAUAGUGGGGAAAUGACUCAGAGAUACUGGAAAGAGACAGAGAAAGGCAUCAGCAUUUCUCCACUUCUCAUGACAGAAUUGUUUAUUGACAAAGUAGAAGUACCAACCAACAGGACAAAGUGUCUGUUUUCUCUCUCCAAAGGUUAACCAGUUAACAAACAUGAACUGGUUGGUCUGUGGCCAGGGAUAUUCUUGAGAGAAGGUAUCUUUUAUAUUUUGUGUAUACUGAUUUCAUUUGUGAUAUUGAAACAUGCUUAUUCAUGUCAUUGGUUUAAAUGAUGGUGGUUUCCUUAAAUGUUUAUGGUGCUAUAAUCCUGUUUUUUUUACAAACAUUCCCAUACUUAAUUCAGGUAUGUUCUUGACCAAGAGCACUGUGGUUUACACAACCUUCACUGCCGCAACUUAUCAAUGUGUCCCAAAUCUGUGCUCACUCUACCCUUACAUCCCAAGUUAGAAACUAAGGAACAUAUCAAUAUUGAUCCCUUGGUCAAAAAGUAGGAAGACUAAUACAAUGAGGACUAUUAGGAGCUAUGACAAUUAAUUAAUUGUAUUUGGUGAUAACAUUUGAUGCAUUAUUGCAGCACCUGAUAGAUGCAGUAGCCUAACUACCAUUGGUGAAAUUGUAAUGUUCUGAUGUCUGUUGAUACAGAGGAACAAUGUGGUACUAUAAAACAUGUUGUCAAAGUUGAUGUAUAUAGGUCAUUCAAUAAGACCAACGUUGACGUUUUCUGCAGAUUCUUUGUGUCUCCUGUGUUUUUACCUCACUUUGUCCCUCCUUAAUUUACCACAUGAUUUUACACCCUGACCUGGCUUUAUUCUACCAUGAACCCCAACCUGAGAAGCUUUGACAAGGGAAAAAUGACUCCCCAGUUCUGAUUUGAAUGGAAAAACUCCAGGAGGGACUUUAUGUGGUGGCUGCUCUUGAUAAUGUGCUUACAAUUGAUACUGGAUUGCAUGCAGCAGGCUUUGAACAUGGUAUGGAACUUCAAUGACAGAGACAAAGGUAUCUUUAAAGUUUUGCUCAGUUUCAUCUUUGCUGAAAGGUGUGUGUUUGUAAAUUGUGUGAUUUACUUUAAUUUAUUUGCUGGCCAGUUUUCUUCAAGUGUUUUAUGUAUCCAGUCAAUGAUCUCUCUCUCUCUCUCUCUCUAAUAUAUAUCAAAAAAAUCCAUAUGCUCUCAUGUUUUGUAAUAUGCACACGAGAUACCAGUAAUUGUUUGGGGUUCAACUGAAAUAUAUGAAUAAAUUAAAGUAUUGUACUAAUUUAUUCAUAAUUCAUUGGUAUUGCCCCUCCACAAAAAGCACCCAAACAAGUGGAAAAUAUAAGCACUUAAAAAGCGAUGUGAUUUGACUACAUUAGAUUAAUGAACAUUAACUACCGAUGAAGAAGCUAUGAUGUUUCAUGAAAAUAAUCGGGCGAAGUGUUGACAUGAGAGAAAGGCCAUAACUACAGUGUAUAGCCCUCAGACAUUGUUGCCCCUGCUCUGAUCGCUCAGAUGACUUUUUCCUGACACUGAGCAUAGACAUUUCUGCUGCUGUUGAGUAGAGGACCAUUCUCUUCAAGUCUGCAGGCCUCGUAAUGCCUCGGUCUCUAGUCGCCCUGUGAAUCGGUCAAGCCUCGCUCAAGACCCAGGACAUUGGAAUUGGGAGCUCCGAAGAGCACAAGGGACGAUACAUUGUAGUUUAAAAUGUAAAGCACUGUGCCUAUGACUUCACCGUGGGGUGGGCUGGAGACAUGAACCCACCAUCAAGGACGGACUUUGUGUCUUUAACCCUCACUGGACAAGGAAGUGGCAUCUAUAAUAACAGUAAACAGUGGAGAAGACAGUCCUGCUGGAGGAAAUGGAAACUGUUAUCCAGAUUGCAGCGCAGCCUAAUCCUCUUCACCGUGGCUCUCAUGUUAGUUUGUGGGAUUGCUACUAACCCCAGUGUCACAGAACAUUUCCGAGGCUUGGCUGUUGUUGCGAAGGAGGAAGGGGACCAUGCUCUGAAACCUGUCAUCCAUGAGGUCCAACCUGAGUUGGACAAACUGAACCGACCGUUAGUACCAGAGUCACCUUCAGAGAAGCAGAAGAGGGCAGCCCACAAGCGGGGGCCACCCGGCCUGCAGAACCGACUGCAAAAGAAAGGGAACGUGUCAGAUACCCAGGUGGAGAAAGAGGAGGGAGAGAAGCCACUUGUUAACUGGCGUGUGGCCACGAUUGACCAGGCCACUGAAAGAAGAACUGCCAAGGAAGCAGCGAACAAGGUGGAUGUCCCAGAGGUUGAGCAAGAGGGCCAUUCACACAAAGAGCCAGAAGUCGAUAGGCUUGAGGCAGUACGUGAUGCUUUCAGACAUGCAUGGAAGGGCUACAAAGAGUUUGCCUGGGGGAAAGAUGAGCUGAGGCCCAUAUCUAAGUCAUAUGGAGAGUGGUUUGGCCUAGGCUUGACCCUAAUUGAUGCACUAGAUACAAUGUGGAUCCUCAACCUCAAAAAAGAGUUUGAGGAGGCUAAGACCUGGGUGUCCACAGAGCUGUCCUUUGAUAAAGAUGUGGACGUGAACCUGUUUGAGAGCACCAUCCGUAUCCUGGGCGGCUUGCUAAGCACUUACCAUCUGACUGGAGACACUCUGUUCCUGGACAAGGCUAAAGAUAUAGGAACGAGGUUAAUGCCUGCCUUCAACACCCCAUCCAAGAUCCCCUACUCAGAUGUGAACAUUGGGAAGGGUACGGCCCACCCCCCUCGAUGGACGUCGGACAGCACUGUUGCGGAGGUCACCAGCAUCCAGCUGGAAUUUAGGGAGCUGAGUCGCCUCACUCAGGACACACGCUACCAGGCUGCAGUGGAUGAGGUCAUGCAGAAAGUCCACAAGCUGGAGGGGAAGCAGGAUGGCCUCGUCCCCAUGUUCAUCAACACCAACAGCGGCCAGUUCACCCAUUUGGGGAUGUUCACGCUGGGUGCACGGGCAGACAGUUACUACGAAUACCUCCUCAAACAGUGGAUCCAGGGAGGCAAGAAGGAGACGGCGUUGCUGGAGGAUUACCUGCAGGCCCUGGAGGGAGUGAAGAAGAACCUGCUGAAGAAGUCCUCUCCGAACAGGCUGACCUUCGUUGGGGAGCUUUCCCAUGGCAGGUUCAGCCCCAAAAUGGACCACCUGGUGUGUUUCCUCCCUGGGACCCUGGCUCUAGGGGCCCACCACGGCCUGCCAGCAGAACACAUGGAGCUGGCCAAGCAGCUGAUGGAGACCUGCUACCAGAUGUAUGCCCAGAUGGAGACUGGCCUGAGCCCUGAGAUUGUCCACUUUAACAUGCACGAGGGCAGCAUCGGAGAUGUAGAUGUGAAGCUUGCAGACAGACACAACCUCCUGCGCCCUGAGACGGUGGAGAGCUUGUUCUAUCUGUACAGGUUCACUAAAGACAGGAAGUACAGGGACUGGGGCUGGGAGAUCCUCCAGAACUUCAACAAGUAUACCAAGGUUUCUACUGGUGGCUACACGUCCAUCAACAACGUCCGGGACCCAGAGUACCCCAGCCCCCGGGACAAGAUGGAGAGUUUCUUCCUGGGGGAGACUCUCAAAUACUUCUACCUGCUGUUCUCCGAUGACCCGGAGCUGCUCAGUCUGGACAAGUAUGUGUUCAACACAGAGGCUCACCCCCUGCCCAUCUGGCCCACUGCACAGUGAGAGAUACACAGGGCAAGUCAACAUGAAGCACAUAUACAGUAAUACAUCACAGCUCAGGGCUAGGCUAACACCAAUAUAUGUAGUUAUUCCUUAUUGCAUAUCUCAGUGACUCAAAUUUGGGUUGGUUUACCCUCUCCUAAAUCGAAAACUCUGGAAAAAAUGCCUAUUUUUAAAAGCCCGGAUUCAUUGUUUAAAAAGUGAUUGUUAUAUAGCCAUGAUGGGGAGGGGUUGCAGCAGUGCUGGGGUGAGAUUGAAGCGUAGUAGCUUUGAUAUACAGUGGGGCAAAAAAGUAUUUAGUCAGCCACCAAUUGUGCAAGUUCUCCCACUUAAAAAGAUGAGAGGCCUGUAAUUUUCAUCAUAGGUACACUUAAACUAUGACAGACAAAAUGAGAGAAAGAAAUCCAGAAAAUCACAUUGUAGGAUUUUUAAUUUAUUUCUUUGCAAAUUAUGGUGGAAAAUAAGUAUUUUGUCACCUACAAACAAGCAAGAUUUCUGGCUCUCACAGACCUGUAACUUCUUCUUUAAGAGGCUCCGCUGUCCUCCACUCGUUACCUGUAUUAAUGGCACCUGUUUGAACUUGUUAUCAGUAUAAAAGACACCUGUCCACAACCUCAAACAGUCACACUCCAAACUUCACUAUGGCCAAGACCAAAGAGCUGUCAAAGGACACCAGAAACAAAAUUGUAGACAUGUACCAGGCUGGGACUCAAAUCCUGCAGUGCCAGACGUGUCCCCCUGCUUAAGCCAGUACAUGUCCAGGCCCGUCUGAAGUUUGCUAGAGAGCAUUUGGAUGAUCCAGAAGAAGAUUGGGAGAAUGUCAUAUGGUCAGAUGAAACCAAAAUGUAACUUUUUGGUAAAAACUCAACUCGUCGUGUUUGGAGGACAAAGAAUGCUGAGUUGCAUCCAAAGAACACCAUACCUACUGUGAAGCAUGGGGGUGGAAACAUCAUGCUUUGGGGCUGUUUUUCUGCAAAGGGACCAGGACAACUGAUCCGUGUAAAGGAAAGAAUGAAUGGGGCCAUGUAUCGUGAGAUUUUGAGUGAAAACCUCCUUCCAUCAGCAAGAGCAUUGAAGAUGAAACGUGGCUGGGUCUUUCAGCAUGACAAUGAUCCCAAACACACCGCCCGGGCAAUGAAGGAGUGGCUUCGUAAGAAGCAGUUGAAAGUUGAAAGUCCGUGUUGCCCAGCAACAGCCCCAAAACAUCACUGCUCUAGAGGAGAUCUGCAUGGAGGAAUGGGCCAAAAUACCAGCAACAGUGUGUGAAAACCUUGUGAAGACGUUUGACCUCUGUCAUUGCCAACAAAGGGUAUAUUAUUUCCUUUUUAGGGUCCUUAUUUUCCACCAUAAUUUGCAAAUAAAUUCAUUAAAAAUCCUACAAUGUGAUUUUCUGGAUUUUCUUUUUCUCAUUUUGUCUGUCAUAGUUGAAAUGUACCUAUGAUGAAAAUUACAGGCCUCUCUCAUCUUUUUAAGUGGGAGAACUUGCACAAUUGGUGGCUGACUAAAUACUUUUUUGCCCCACUGUAUAUUUGGUUAUCUUUGUCUGUUCUCGCCACAUUGCUGCUGAGAGGGCCUGUCUAUCCUCUGAUGACAGUUGUUUACUCUGAAGGAAGAGUGGAAAACAUGACAGGCAGCCAAGCUAUGUCCUUGGAUCAUCAUGGUUAUUUUGUACACCAACACUAGAGAAAGAUAUGAGCGUGACUGGACUCCAAGCUGUGCCUAGAUUGGAGGCAGCAGCAGCCUGAGAGGAAGUGCUAGUUUGACAGAAUACAGCACUGAGUGACCAGUGACACUCCCUAUCAUGGACUUCCCACAUGAAGAAAUUCUAUAGUAUACUAUGGUAUAAAUCACUGUAGUGUAUACUGUAGUAUUUACAGUUAACUAUAUUAUAAAUACUGCAGUAAAGGAAAACAGUAGUAUACUGUAGUAUUUAUUAUAGUGUUUUUGUUUUAUUAUCUUUGACAUAGAAGGGGAGGCUUUCUCCUUCCAAAAACCUACUGGAGAAUCACUAAUGAAGCACAUUUUCCAUAACCUGUAGGUAGGUAGGACUGGGGUCUGAAUGGAGAGUUCAGAGCUUCUGUUCUUUUCUAUAACUUGUAGGGAACACAAUAUAUAGUCUAUACUUGGCAUAUAUGUUUCUCACUUAUGGGUGGUGCAAAUUGGGACAUGGGGGAGUGGAAUGGGCAGGGUAUAUGCUAAUUAAAUACUGUAGUAUUUACUAUAGUUAUAAAAGUGUAGUGUUUUUGUGGACAUUACUGUAGUAUUUACUACAACAUUCUAUAGUAAGUUCUACACAUAAUUGAGGGAUACUACAGUGUGUAGUAUAACAUACUACAGCUUACUAUGGAAUUCUAUAGUAUGUACUGUAGUAUUUUUUUUUAUGUAUGUGGGUUUACAGUAAAUGACCAAGUAUUGUGAUAAAACAUUCUGUGUCCCUGGAUCCUCUCACUCUCCGGUCUCUUGAUCGCAUUCUUAAGAGAUGGUUUAUACAGAUUUUGAAAAGAGAAUCAGUCUGAUUUUAAUUGCAUACUGUGAACCUUUUUGUGUAUGGGGACUGCAAGCACUUAUUGUUUAAUUUCCUUGUGUUUUGAAUUUGACUGACUCAGCUGCUAUUAUAUUUAAUGAAUGUUACGUUUUCCUUAUUUGUCAUGCUUUCCUUUGUUGUGGGGUCAAACUAGUGUAAGUUGGAGUGGACAUUUGGGUAAUUUUAGUUAUACAAAUGUUUGAGAUUUAAGCUGAAUUUAGUUAGUAUUAUUUGAAUUAAUUUAGUGUAUUGUGGCAUACUACAGGGCCUUCAGAAAGUAUUCAUACCACUUGACUUAUUCCACAAUUUGUUGUUGUAGUCUGAAUUCAUAAUUGAUUAAAUAAAUGUAUUCUCUCACCCAUCUACGCACAAUACCUCAUAAUGACAAAGUGAAAACCCUGUUUUUAGCAAAUUUAUAAAGAAAUGUAAUGCAUAAGUAUUCACACCCCUGAGUCAAUACAUGUUAGAAUCACCUUUGGCAGCGAUUACAGCUGUGAGUCUCUAAGAGCCUUGCACACCUGGGUUGUACAAUAUUUUCACAUUAUUCUUUUCAAAAUUCUUCAAGCUCUGUCAAGUUGGUUGUUGAACAUGGCUAGACAUCCAUUUUCAAGUCUUGCCAUAGACUUUCAAGCUGAUUUUAAGUCAAAACUAUGACUUGGCCACUCAGGAACAUUCAAUGUAAUCUUGCUAAGCAACUCCAGAGUAUAUUUAGCUACACUCGCAAUAACAUCUGCUAAACACAUGUAUGUGACCAAUAACAUUUCAUUUGAUUUAUUUGGCCUUGUUUUAGGUUAUUGUCCUGCUUAAAGGUGAAUUUGUCUCCCAGUGUCUGUUGGAAAGCAGACUGAACCAGAUUUUCCACUUGGAUUUUGCCUGUGUUAGCUCUAUUCCGUUUUUUUUAAAAUCAUUAACUCUCUGGUUCUUGCCAAUGACAAGCAUACCCAUAACAUGAUGCAACCACCACCAUGCUUGAAAAUAUGAAAUGUAUCUUUGUAUUGACUGGGUGUUUUGGUACACCAUUUAUAGUGUAAUCACUUCACCAUGCUCAAAGGGAUAUUCAAUGUCUGCUUUUAAUUAAUUUUUUUACCCAUCUAUCAAUAGGUGCCCUUCUUUGCGCAGCAUUGGAAAACCUCUAGUCUUUGUGGUUGAAUCUGUAUGAAAUUCACUGUUCAACUGAGGGACCUUACAGAUAAUUGCAUGUGUGGGGUACAGAGAUGAGGUAAUCAUGUUAAACAAUUAUUGAACACAAAGUGAGUCCAUGCAACUUAUGUGACUUGUUAAGCAAAUAUUUACUCCUGAACUUAUUCAGGCUUGCCAUAACAAAAGGGUUGAAUUCUUGACUCGAAAUUUUAAACUGCAACACAACAAAAUGUGGGAAAAGUCAGUGUGUGACUACUUUCUGAAGGCACUGUAUAUCUGGAUAGGCUGUAUCAUUCCUGUAAAUAUCUAUUGGGAAUGUAAUAUGUACAUGUUUUUACUCUCAUGAUUCUAUUUGUAGUAGUAUUUUAUUUAAACGUUUUUGAGACUCAAUUCAACAUCCUAGGUAUAUAGUGUGAGAUUUUAGUUGUCUUCCCAAUUGGAAUGUUCAGCACUCUCCUCCUUCAGUGUUGCUUCACUUAUGCCUUCAACGUUGCCCUGGAUAACCUUAUGAAACUAUUUUGACAUCAUUCAUAAAUUGCUGUUUUGUUAUGGAAAUGUGGAUAGUUGUGCACAGAUUUGUUUUACAUAUUUUACAUAUUCAUGGUGUGGAAUAAGGAAUGUCAUUUUCCAACAGUCUUUCAACCAUUUGCUGGAUGUACUUCCGUAACUUUCAAACUGUGCACUUAUAUCACGAAUAAGGGCUCUCUAUCACGAAUAAGGGCUCUCUGUUUGCUAUCCCUCUUUCACAUUUCUGAUCAGUUAUUAUACUGCUGGUUGGAUUUCAGAUUCCUUUUUUAGAACUCUGAUGUUUCUCAAAAUUGAUUCUAAACGGUUAUAAACCAAAGAUAUCCUGGUUAUUACAAUAUCUGGAAUGAAUCUACACUUCAUUCUGUGAGGAAUGACAAAAUAAGCCAUUUCCCUAAGCCAUGUUUUAUAACAAUGUAACUAAGGACUAUUGGAGUUUUUGAUACAGCAUCUGAAGUCAGCUGCAGCCUGCUGACAGCUGUUAGCUAACCAAGGUCAACAGCGUGUUAAUACUGUCUUGGUUAAUCACGUCUGCUGUUGUUCUGAUUCCCUCAAGCUGUGGAGGACCAUUUUAUUUCAAACUGCUAAUGCCAUAUACCCACCUGGGACCUCAAGGCAAUAAGAAAUAUAAGUUCUUGUAUUUUUCUUGCAUAUUGUAAACAUUUGCAGUCAAUGUUACACAUUGGUCAGAAUCUCUCCAUUUCAAUUCAACUAUGCGCCUAUGACAUUUGCAACACUGUAUUUUGGAACAGCCCGUGUGAUGAGACUGCAACACCACUGACUCAGAUGGAAAGUAGUACACCCAUGUCUUGAUUUAAAUCUCUUUCAACUUGGGCAUGAACAUGCUAAACCAAAGGCUGGGAGCUAAUGAGACUAGUGUUUCUGGGUCUGUUUUUAAGUCAUGGCCUUUCAAAAUGUGUUAUGAAUCAUGUCACUUAGUUUUAUUAAACCAUGGACCUGCUUUAAUUUUGUAUAAAUGUCAACAUUAAAAUACUUUUAUUGAACAUUUUACAA